AUGAUGCAGCCGGUGAUCGGGACGGUGGUGCUCAGGAUCGGCUCCACGGGGCUCCACUGCGAAGGCUGCAUGAACCGCAUCCGCCACAAGCUCUUCAAGAUUAAAGGCGUGGAGCAGGUGAAGAUGGACAUGGCCAAGAACCAGGUGACGGUGACGGGGACCAUGGACACCAAGGCCCUGCCGGAGAAGCUCCGCAAGAAGCUGCGGCGGCCCGUGGACGUGGUGCCGGCCAAGGACGGCAAGGACAAGGACGGGAAGCAGCAGGAGGGCGGCGGUGGCAAGGACAAGGACGGGAAGGAGAAGGACGGCGGCAAGGAUGCGGCGACCAAGAAGCUGACGGCGGAGCUGGAGGCGUGGAAGGCCGCCUUCUACGUCCAGCAGUCCCUGACCAACGCCGAGUUCAUGCUCAGCGACGAGAACCCCAACGCCUGCGCCGUCAUGUGAUUGCCAUCCGUCGUCCUCCGUUCGUGCGUUGGUUGCCGUGUGUGGUCGAUCGAUCCGAUGGAUUCUGUAGGUAGCUAGGAUUGGAGAACAGAGCUCGCCGGACUGACGGUCACAGUCACAGGCUGGUGAAGUGAAACCACAGUAGGGAGAGGGUGAGUAACACAGAUAGUUACACAGACAGACAGACAGAUGCAGAGUGCUAGUUGCAAACUGGUAGUUGUUUGUUUCAGGCUUUCAGCUGGAGCUGGUCACUGCUCUUUUGGUUUUAGGGACUGCUGCAUGUAGUCAUGUAUGACUAGUGAGUGAGUGGUCUUGGGAUUGGGAAUUACAGAAAUUACUGUAGUAUCUGAUGUUAUCUUUAUCCUUUUUGGGGGAGCUGGUGGUGAUUUGUGAUGGCCAGGACAGUUGAAAAGUUGCCAUGAGUUGUAGCCUGAACAGAUUUUGAGUUCUGGCAGGAUGAUCUUGAGACAUUUUUGCAUUGAAUGUGUAUUGCACAUGCCAAUGCUGCACUGAGAUGAUCAGUAGACUCCGAUCUUGAAGAGGUGGUGGUGUUCCUGCAAAGGAGGUUGUAGCUGUGAGCCUGUGACAAAGUUGAGUUGCAGCUGAUGCAAGCCUGCAGCAAGCACCGAGAGGGCCUGUGCCUCUGUUUCUUUUUGGUGGGUGCACAUGAGUUUGCACAGUGAGGUAUUGCUAUUGGGCCAGAGAAAGAAAGAAAGAGGUGAAGAAAAGCAGCUUCUCUUUUGGGCAGGGGGCCCUGUUUGGCUUGGCGUGGCCUUCACGAUCACAGUUCACAGCAAAGGGAGAAGCAGCCAAGCUGAAAAGAGAGAGCCCAGCAAGAGCCAGACCCCAGAGCAGCUGCCGCUGCUACACCUGCAGGAUUCUAAUUUUCCAGCAGCGGCAGCAGCAGGAGGAGGCGAGAGCCAGACGGGACGAAGGCUGCCACGCCAAGACGAGAGACUUGCCUGCUUUCUCACUACAUAAAAGCCGCACCCCAUACCGGUAGACCACUUUGGAAGUGGGUAUUUUUGGCCGGGUAGGACUGGCCAUUUUCCAACGACAGUUCAGUCAAAAGACAUUGAAUUUUGGAACCGAGCUAGUGUUAGAAUAUAUGAUAGGCUACGUGUUAAUGUUUGUAUUGUUCAGCAACGACUUGCGACAUGUCUUCGGCCAGAGAUCUUGAUUUGG